AUGGCCAAUUUCGUAAGCGGCGCAUGGAAAAGUGGAAUCUUCGACAACAAAGUCGUCUUUUGUACUGGUGGAACUGGAACAAUCUGUUCCGGCCAAGUUCGUGCUUUGGUCUCGUUGGGCGCGAAUGCUUGCAUUAUCGGUCGUAAUGCAGAAAAGGCUCAAAGCGUGGCCACGGGCAUAGCAAAGGAAAGAUGCGGGAGCAAAGUGUUGGGCCUCGGUGGUGUUGAUGUCAGAGAUUUCGACAAGGUCAAAGCCGCAGUUGAGACUUGUGUACGAGAGUUGGGUGGCAUUGACUUCGUCAUAGUUGGAGCAGCGGCGAACUUCCUUGCUCCCAUCUCAGCCCUAUCAUUGAAUGCAUUCAGAACAAUUAUUGAUAUUGAUCUCAUGGGAUCUUGGAUCACGAUGAAGGCGACCCUGCCGUAUCUACUGCGAUCGGCGGAGAGGCAUAAAGGCAGCGUUUCUAAUGGAACUGGUGGACGCAUUGUCUUUAUCAGCUCAACCAAUUACCGCAGCGCGAGAGUUGCGCAAGUUCAUGCUUGUGCAGCUAAGGCUGGAGUAAAUGCCAUCUCUGAUGUUUUAUCAUUGGAACACGCUCCACAAGGACUGACAUCCAACAUCAUAGCUCCAGGUCCCAUCGGCGAUACAGAAGGAUUGCGCCGGCUGUCGGACCCCACCUUGCGUGAGGAUGCUAUCCGUAGUGUCCCUGUUCAAAGACUCGGACUCGUCAAAGACAUUGCAGAUGCGACUGUCUUCUUGUUUGGGGACACUGGAAAUUUCAUUAAUGGAGCUUGCCUCGAUGUAGACGGAGGCUCCUGGCGCGUCAGAGGAGGAGGACAGUUCGGGAAUCGUAAGUAUCCAGAGUCGAUCAACUCAGCCGCGUCCAUGGGCCGCGAGAAAACAAGUAGAUUAUGA